UUCAGUAAAAGUGUUUAAUCGUGCUACGCCAUUGCUGUUUUUGCCCUGCGGAUACACACGUAAGAGUACUGAUGAAGAAUUUUACAUUGCCAAAUACUUCCUUCCAGAGCUUGCCCGGCUAGAGGAGCAGUAUAAACUCGUCCUUCUCCAACAGAAAUAUAUGACAGUGCUAUUGGACAGAUAUACAACUGACCCGCACUUCACCCUGUCCAAAGAUUCAACCAGGGUUCUCUGGGACAAGGAUGUGGAGGAUGAUCCCGUCUCCUGGAAGAAAAACUCUAAUACAUGGACUGUGUGGGGGUCAGAGGGAUUCACAGGUGGUUGUAAAUACUGGGAAGCAGCUGUGAGCCCGGGCACCGUGUGGAGCAUAGGUCUGGCCCAGCAACAUAUGGCCACAGGCCGCUGGGACAGGCUACUGACAAAGGAUGGUUACUGGACCUUGAUGCUAUGGAACAGAAAGUCACUGGGACGUCAAAUCCGCACCCUGGGAACAUCUAUCAUAAUAGCAGAGCUGUCUAAGGUUGGGGUUUAUCUGGACUAUGAGGGAGGAAAGGUCUCCUUCUAUAACCUGGAAAACUCCUCCCACCUCUACACCCAUAAUGACAAGUUCACUACCCCACUCUUCCCCUUCUUCAAGCUUUGGGUCGGCACCUUCAAAGACUCUAGUUUGACCGUUUCCUAGAUGGACCCCACUCUGGUUAACAGCCAGGCAGACUCCACCAAGCAAAACCUUUAGUUCCCAAAAUAAUCUGUAAAUUGCACCUUUUAAUUGACGUGGAACUGGCACCUGACCGGCCUGUAGUCAGCAGAUGGACUAUAUUGUCCUCAAUACAGAGAGUAGGUGCUUGGAGGUCUCUCUAUGACCAUGGUUCCAUCUCCCUCAGCCUCUCUGUUACCUCCGCCAUUCAUCUGUUGCUCUCCCUCUUUCUCUAUCCCUUCAUAUCCAGCUUUUUCUUCUGCUUUUAACCUCUUCCACCUAACACCGCCCAGUUUCUCACUUUCAGACGCAGAAUCAAGUUGAAUUUUUUUUGUUUUGCAGCUGCAGUACAUUGCAAUCCAUGUAAUAAAAAAGUUAUAAAUUACCAUGAAAAAAAUAUAUAAAAUAAAUCUAAAUAAGUAGUGUAAAAAGAGAACAAAAUGAAAAUAAAGUACUGAGGAGGGUAUAUGGGUUCAUUGUCCAUUCAGAAAUCUGAUGAUGGAGGGGAAGAAGCUGUUCCACUGAAUGUACGACUUCAAGCUCCUGUACCUCUUCCUUGAUGGUAGCAAUAAGAAGAGGGCAUGUCUUGGAUGAUUGAGGUCUUUAAGAACAGAUGCCUCAUUUUUGAGAUAUCGCCUUUUGAAGAUGUCUUCAAUGCUGGGGAGACCAGUGCUCGUGAUGGAGCUGGCUGAGUAUGCAGCUUUUUCCAAACCUGUGCAGUCACCCUCCUU